UGCAGUUUUUAAUGAAGUACGUACUAUGUUAAUUCGUAUAAUACACUAUAAAUAAGAAUGAUCACAUGGACAGUAAAUACUUCAAUUACUGGACGCAGUGAUGAAAUUUUUUUUAUCCAGAUUCGUUCAGCGUUUUUCAUAUACGAAGAAUUGAUUAUCGUAAUAGCAUCUCCCGAGAUGUAUACUUGGUUUUUUCUGCUCGAUUCUCAUGAUUAAAGGUUUUUUUUAUUAUCCGUCUAAUGACGUCUUGUCCUUGAACCGAUCUUGUGUAUAAAUGUAAGGAAUGAUCAGAGGCUCUGCUCAGAUAUUACGAACAUUCAGUUUAUUCCUCUAAUAUCGAUCAGGUGGCCACCAGGUUUGGGGAAUGUAUACAAUCGAUAUUCUAAACAUAACUCUGGUGACACGCGUUCAGGGAUAGACAAAAGUUGUGAAGCAGCUGUUAAGCGAUGCAACUGCAGAAAAUUCCUCGUUGUAUAAUAGGAUUAUCGUAUUUCGUACAGCUCGGAGAAUUUGGCCAUUCGGUGAAUUUCGAUCAUUUGUAUAUCAAGUAUCUUUACAUACUGUACAGUAAAUAGGAACUUGGCAGCAAUAUUUAUCUGCAUGUUUUGUUCGCGAAAAGAUAUCUGAAAUGUUUCGCAGGUUUCUUAAACCUCGAAAUUUCCAAGCCAUCGCUCGACUUGACAGAAUCGUUAAGGAAUUUUUUUUCAUAACAACGAGAAGCCUGUAUCAACAACCUUAGAAUGAGAUACAUCGAGUUUCUCGAAGAACAGCGUCUUCGCGAUGAAAGAAAUCACGAAAUUCUAGGAGCGCUAGAUAAGAUUGACGGUAGUCUAGCACGCAUGACCGCCAGGACGGAUCGCUUAGGAAUUUUACGGAAACAGUAUGAAGCCUAUUUGCUACGUCUGUACGCGAACCGAAGUGCAGGUGGAAAUGGCGACAGCGGCGUUGGCAGCCACAAUGAUGAGAAACCAUCGAAAAACGGUGUCCAGCAGACAAGAAGAAACCGUGGUCCAACGCAAAACGCUACAGACAACCCUGCAACCUUCAUUCCUCAGACAAACUAUCCCCAGAGUUACCUCGGCUCUUCGAACACGUCGCAGUUCAAUGUCUCGAGAUACGCUGGGGGCCAAGAAAUCCGUCCAGAAGUUGAGGUUUUCCAAAAAAGUGGUCAAGGCGAUGGUCCCAAGGUUGCGCAAUCCGGCCACACACAGCAGCUCUUCUGCGGUACUAGAAAUUUGAACUUGCAAAACAUUCCCACGUCUCAAACGCAGCUAGCGAAACAGUUCUCUGAGCCUCAAUUCCCAAGACCGAGUCACCAGUUUGCAUCUUCGACGACGUUCCGGGAUGUUUCCAAUCCGUAUCUGGAGGAGAAUCCGAGGUCACCUUACCUGGUCGAUCAGGUUGAUCCGUCAAUGGUUGGUCUGAGGUCCGAUAGAAUGAAUGCGAGGAUGGUACCGGAAUUUCCGAUCGACUUAAGAGACGAAAAUUUCGGGCCGUACAGACACAGCACGCCGCUUCCUGGUUAUCUGGACUACUCGACUCGGUACUCGAGAAACCCUUCGGGACAUGAAGCAAUGAACCUUGCUCUCAGGUCCGGAUUCACCAGGACCGAUUUGGAGAACGUUGUUCAUAGAAACGAGCAGAUUUUACCUAGGGAUUAUCUUCACAAUUCGGAGACUAUUAAGCCUUCUUUGCAAACCUCGAAGUUGGCUUCGGAAAAACGAAGAACUUUGGAUCACAACCCGAGUGAAGAAACGUACGAGGAUGAUCUUGACCAGUACAUAAACAGAAUUCGAAGUCUCCAUCGGGAGAAUAAUCAAAGUCUGGAGGUGCUUGACAUUGAACAAAACACUAGCGGAGAUCUACUCAAUGCUACACUGUCGGAAGAUGGACCGUUGGAACCCUUGGCGCUUCACUCGGAUGAUAAAGUCAAAAUCAAGAAAAUUGAUGCACCAGGAGUUGCGGAUAAUUUUGAGGCGGCAACUACAGCGGUCUUUUCAAAUGAUCGUGGUAUUCCUAAUUCCAAGUUGCAGCAAAUGAUGAACGAUAAGAAUUUUGCCGUAAAGCCAAAGCUCGUAGAAUCAGACGUCGUUAGUCAGGCGGCAUUGGAGUCCGAUGUGACACUUGACAAUUUAUCUAUUUCCGCGACAAGAGAUGACAUACUUUCGGAAACAGCUUCUCUCGGCGUAAGCCAUAUCCAAGAUAAAUCUGCAGUGGCCAGUGAUAAAUUUAGACCGAAGGUUGAGCCACCCAUCACAGAUUUGAGAGCUACGGAUUUAAAUAUCGAAGUGGUUGCGACAGUGUCUAAAAAUAGCCCUGCUGAUCUAAAUGUACUUUUGCCAAAUAAACCUGGUGAAAUUCAAGUAUCAAACUCCGCCCGGGAGGAAUAUUUAAGUACGCUGAAAAAGAGUCGCGAUCUUGACAAAAAAAUUACCGCAGACAAACCAACGCUGGUAAACGUUCCGACGAGAGAUGAGGAUUUUCCACCCGAGGAGACGGAAGUUCACGAAGAUAUCGAAGGAGACAAGGUGACGCUGAUCAAACGGGAACAAGUUAACGAACAAGUAAUCGACGUUGUUAAGGAAUUGCGGCCACCAAGUUUGCAGCACUACGAGAGAAACAUUGUUGAAGUUCACGUUAAUGAUGAAGACAAGAAAGAUAAAAAUACGCCAAAAAUAUUGCCUGAUGAUACUGGGAAACAAAUCACUGCGUUAGACUUACCCGAGAACGAUAAAAAGCAAUUGGAAGCAAUUCCAGACGCUUCGUAUAAGGAUGACGCAUUGGAAAGACAAUUUGAGCAGAAUCCAGAUCAGGAAUACUCAAAUUACGAUCACUACUCUGCACAAAAUCUUCCCCAGGAUUUCAAUGAAAGUCUUGAUACCGGUCAAAGGUUUGAGCAGAAUCCUCAACAGUCAUACGAUCCUGACACGCACGAGCAGCUUGAUUACGAUAAGAAACCAAAUGACAAUGAAUUUGCUCAGGUGCAGCAGUCUUACGGUCCUGAACCCGAUCAACUGGAAGAUUCUAACCAAGUCUGUAACACUGAUCAACAAUACCAGCCGGAUACGACGCAACAGUACGCACAAGAAUCAAAUCCACAUGAUCCAUAUGGACAGUACUCAACUGACCCCAGCCAACAAUACGUGGCUGAUCCUAAUGAAGAGUACAGACAUGAUUCUAACGAACAGCACAUAGCUGGUUCUGAUGAACAGUAUGUGGUUAAUCCCAACGAUCACUACACAGCUGAUCCAAACGAGCAGUAUUCAGCUGAUCCAAAUGAUCAGUAUUCAGGAAAUGUGGAUGAAAAUUAUCCAACUGAUCCAAACGCACAAUACGGUUACUAUGACGAUAAAUCGUACCAGAAUGAUCAGAAUACAGCGUACGAUAACGCUGGAAAUGAACAGUACGAUUACGGGGAUAAUCAAGGCUACGAGCACGAUCCAAAUCAGCAGUAUGAACAGGACCCAAGUCAGCAGUAUGAACAAGAUCCAAGUCAGCACUAUGAACAGGAUCCAAGUCAGCAGUAUGAACAAGAUCCGAGUCAGCAGUAUGAACAGGAUCCAAAUCAGCAGUAUGAACAGGACCCAAGUCAGCAGUUCGAACAAGAUCCGAGUCAGCAGUAUGAACAAGAUCCAAAUCAGCAGUAUGAACAGGACCCAAGUCAGCAGUAUGAACAAGAUCCGAGUCAGCAGUAUGAACAGGAUCCAAGUCAGCAGUAUGAACAGGACCCAAGUCAGCAGUAUGAACAAGAUCCAAGUCAGCAGUAUGAACAGGAUCCAAGUCAGCAGUAUGAACAUGAUCCAAAUCAGGAGUAUGAACAUGAUCCAAACCAGCAGUUUGUGCAUGAAUCUUACGCGCGGGAUACUGACCAGGAAUACAAAGAUCAAGGAUAUGGAGAAAAUCAGGGUUACGAUCCAACCGGCUACGAAGAGUCCGAACAGCAUGGCAAUCUGGAGGUUGGUGAUGAUCCGGACGAAAUUUAUGAGAACCGUAACGUGAAUUUGGAAUCGUCCGAGCAAAAUUAUCCCGCUGUCGAUACCGAGAAAAGCAACAGGACUACAAGUCACGAGGUAGCAGAGUCCGAUGACACCAGAGUAAAAGAUCAUUCUGUCGAAGAGAAGAAGAAAGAUAAGGAUGUGAUUAGGGCUCUAUUGGAAUCGGACACCGAGAGUACCAUUGAAAGAAAUCCUUCAAACAACACUGAGAGUGAUUUCGACUUUAAUUAAUGUCUAAUAAUUGUUCCGUUGAGAUCCCCUUCAUUCCAAGUAUCUAUUAUUCGUUUAUCAUACCGUUACACAGUGAAAAAGAGUAUUUAUUGUAUAUAUAUUUAUGUAUUGAGAUAUGAUAUUUAUCAAUAAAUGUUACAGCCAGCCUCGAAAGAGGCUGUGAACCACAA